AUGCCAACCGUACGCAAUGUGUGUUUGCACAGAAUUCAAGAGAACUACAGUAGCCUAUUGACUUUUUUAUUUUCAUUUUUUCGCGAAAGAAUCCUACGAAAUUUGCGGUGUUUGGGGAAAAGGUUGGUUUUUAUUUAGCAAAAUUAUAUUUGAAACAAUGAAAUAAUUCAGGUUUGAUGAUGCCGAUUGUGAAAAAUGAAGAAGGCGAUGAAGAUUGCCAAAUCAUCGGAGUAGUGGAGUUGUCGAAAAACUCGAAAAGGAAGAAUGAUGGAAGUUCGAAUUCGAAUCCGGAAAAAGUGAAGAAAAUGCGACAAAUUGAAGCUAAGGAUGGCGAAGGUUCGAGUAGCAGCCAGGUGACACAUUAUAUCGAAGGACUGGAGAAGGAAGUCUCCGCCGAACUCAAAACUGCCCAAUUACCAUCAUGGUUCAAACUCGGAAUGUGGUGAGUUUUUUUUUGAUGACGGAAAUGUUUGAAAAAUAUCGAUUUUUCAUUUCAGGAGACUAAUUGAGGACAAUCAAAGAAUUCGCCAGAAGAUUCGCGACAUUUUGGCGAAGAAGAACAAGAAGUCUGGCUAGAAAUAUAUGUUUUGUUGAUUUUUAAUAUUUUAUGAAUAAACUCUAGUUUUUGUUAAUUGUUGUCUUUUUUCUUUAAAUUUUUCGAUUUAAUUUCGAAUUCUAAUAUCUCUUCGAAAAUCGACUGCGGAAAUCUGAAAGGUGAGACUUUUGGGUGGGAGUUUUUGGGAUAAAUAUGGGAAAAAUAAUUAAAAUUAGAAGUUUUUGAAUCAGACUAGGUUCAAUUCCAAAUUUCCAUUGAUUUUUCUCCAUUUUGUCUAUUUUCUAUUUCAAAAUUCAAAAUGUGAAAUCGAUUUCCACGCGAACCAACCUAAAUCAAUCAGUUUUCAGAUUUCCCUAUUCAACUUUUUUCUUCUUCCUCUUCUUCGAAAAAUCAAGGAUUUUACUAGUGGAAUUUUGAAACUGUGAGUUUUUGCUUCUUUUGAUUGAUAACAUCAAAUACCACAUGGAAUUCACCUAGUUUUGUAGUUUGAGAAUUCAAUAUUGUUUCUAGAUUUAAAAUUUUCGAGAGAAAUCUUAUAAUCUUUUAAUUAAUGAAAAAAUCCAAUCAAAUAUUUUGAAUUUUAGUGCUUUCGGGAAAAAAUGAAUCACAUUGAGUUUAUCAAAAUCCUUUCAAAAAAUAUAUUUGACUGAGAAUUUCUGUAAAUUUUGGUUUUUGUAGUUUUGAUUCAUAAAUUAUAUUUUCAGCAUCUUCUCAUUGUUUGGCACGUUGAAUCGAGCUGGAAUUCGACUUGGACAACAAUUGAUUGAAUAA